CACUCACCUAUCGCAGUAAAGGGGUGAUCAGGAAUCAAUGCGGAGUUUUCCCCACAUGAAUGUCUCAGCGGUCAGCGGUAGUUUAAUUAAAAAGUGAGUCAUAUACUUUUAGUUUGGAAACCGUGCACGUUUGGAUCUCAUCUGUCCAGAUACGAUGGAUCCGCUGUUGUAUUUAGCCGGUUUGGUCGUUAUGUUCCUGCUGUGGAUCAAAGUCAAAGGUCUAGAUUACGUGAUCGUUCACCAGAGGUGGAUAUUUGUGUGUUUGUUCCUGCUGCCGCUCUCCGUUUUAUUUGAUAUAUAUUAUUAUGUGCGGGUAUGGCUCAUUUUCAAGAUGUGCUCUGCGCCUAAACUGCACGACCAGCGCGUGCGAGACAUCCAGCGACAGGUGCGUGAGUGGAAGAAGGAUGGCAGUAAGAACUACAUGUGUACGGGUCGACCCGGCUGGCUCACCGUAUCUCUCAGAGUGGGGAAAUACAAGAAAACCCACAAGAACAUCAUGAUCAACAUGAUGGACAUUCUGGAGGUGGACACAAAGAGGCAGGUGGUGAGAGUUGAGCCGCUGGCCAACAUGGGUCAGGUGACCGCUCUCCUCACCUCUAUUGGCUGGACGCUGCCAGUGCUGCCUGAGCUCGAUGACCUCACUGUGGGUGGUUUGGUGAUGGGUACAGGCAUUGAGUCAUCCUCUCACAUUUACGGGCUGUUUCAGCACAUCUGUGUUGCAUUUGAGCUGGUUCUAGCUGAUGGCAGCUUAGUACGCUGCACUGAGGAGGAGAACCCGGACCUGUUCCACGCCGUCCCGUGGUCCUGUGGAACUCUGGGGUUCCUGGUCGCAGCUGAGAUUAAAAUAGUCCCCGCUAAACCCUGGGUGAAGCUGAGCUAUGAGCCGGUCCGAGGGCUGGAGAACAUCUGUAAACGCUUCACUGAAGCAUCGGAGAACAAGCAGAACACGUUUGUAGAGGGCCUCCAGUAUAGUCGGGACAGCGCUGUCAUCAUGACAGGAACAAUGACUGACCACGCUGAGCCUGAUCAGAUCAAUAGAAUCGGCCUGCACUUCAAACCCUGGUUCUUUAAACACGUGGAGGGGUACCUGAAGGGCGACAAUGCUGGAGUUGAAUACAUCCCUCUGAGACAGUACUAUCAUAGACACACACGCAGCAUCUUCUGGGAGCUUCAGGAUAUUAUUCCCUUUGGCAACAACCCCAUAUUUCGCUGGCUUUUUGGAUGGAUGGUUCCUCCUAAGAUCUCACUGUUAAAGCUCACCCAGGGAGAGACGAUCAGACGGCUUUAUGAACAGCACCACGUGGUGCAGGACAUGCUGGUACCCAUGAAGAAUCUGCAGGCUGCCAUCACUCGUUUCCACCAGGACAUCGACGUUUACCCCCUGUGGCUGUGUCCCUUCCUGCUGCCGGCGGGCAGAGGGAUGGUGCACCCCAAAGGUCAAGAGACUGAGUUGUAUGUGGAUAUUGGGGCUUAUGGAGAGCCCAGAGUCAAACACUUUGAAGCUAAAGCAUCUACGCGUCAGCUGGAGAAGUUUGUUAGAGAUGUGCACGGGUUCCAGAUGCUGUAUGCAGAUGUGUACAUGGACCGAGAGGAGUUUUGGGAGAUGUUUGAUGGAAGGCUGUAUCACAGACUGAGAGAGGAACUGGGUUGUAAGGAGGCCUUCCCGGAGGUGUACGACAAAAUCUGUAAAUCUGCCCGACAUUGACCCCCCUCCCCCCAUCACUGGUACCGGACAUCCGCCCUGUGUCACAGAGACACCGAGGAACUGUCUGCAACUCACGUUUGCUGUCAUCUUGGGACGUUUCAACAAAAACAAUAAACAGUUUUUACACAAAGAUACAUCUUGCCCACACUACUACAAGCUAAAGUAUGUGUUCAUGUUGUCAACCAAACUGUGUCUU